CUCCCCGAAACAAACACGAACCUCAAGCUCGACCAUUACUGGGAUAACCGGAAAAGCUCGAUGGAUCAGUCUCGAGCUAGAGUUCUCUUCAUUCUAAUAAUUAUCAUUCUCCUUGCGCCCGAUGGAAACUCGCCACAGAACAGCUACGGCCUCGACGAGAUAAUCAUACGAGAAAAGGAGCAGCUUGAAAUUUUACGAAACUCAACAUAUGGAGUGCCGGGAAACCUCACGGGGAUAAACUUCACGCAUGGCCGAAUUCCUCCCGAACCUGUAAGGAAGCUAGUUGAGUCCCUAAAGAAAGAGGUUCUUGGGGAGUACUUUCUGGAGGGAGUGCGGGCAGGUGGCCUGCGCCCGCCAAUGGCUGUUACUGGAGAUACUCUUCGGGGGGAUCCGAACCCGAAAGCCGAGACAGUUGAAGAAGGAAGGGGCGAUGUUAAAGGUUCGGAAGCUGCUGGGGAACGUCGUAGUUGGGAACCUACUUUCGUGUCCACACGGCUGCCCUCAAUAUACCGAAAUGCCACUGGGACCAUGCAUGGGGAAUGGGAUCGGCUUUUCUUAGAUAAAAGGCCCGGAGAGGUACAAGAGAUGACAGCCACAAUGAUUAUUAAGAAUGAAGAAGGUGGAGAUAUGAAGGAUAUAAGCUUAAGUGGGGCACAUUUUACCGAGUCUGGCGAGGUUUUGAUGACCACGACGUCUGAUAAGUUUGCGGGAAUAUUUGCACUUCCGCAUUUUACGCUCACAGAGAACGCUUAUAACCAAUCCAAAGCACUUCUUCUCGAGUCCAUCGCCGCCGCAAUCCAGAAGCAGGAGGAUACAGCGUUACCUGCCUCUCCCUGGCAACAUUCUCCCGAGCAGGCCGCUAAUGAGAAACCUCGCUGUGAGUAUAUCGCAUAUUUCCAGCUACAUCCUGUCCAACCAGUGCUCUCUUCUCAUCCGUUCCUCUCGUUCAACACACCACAUCCACCAUACAUAAGUCCUGAAACACUCCAACACAUUGAAAAAGAACUGCGACACCCCACCGGCGUUCCAGUUCCUGACGCGCCACCCAUCGUCAUCUCUGGAAUUAUAUAUUCUCCUACAUGCGGCCAUGUUCUUAGCGUCAAGAAGGCCGAAGGCAUCAAGAUUGAAAAAUAUUUCCGCAAGGCAAUCAACUUUGCACUGUGCGCUGCGGUCAUCACAUGUGCACAGAUUUGGCUGUUGAUUCGGCAGAUGAAUGAGAGUAACACACCGAGCACAGUGAGUAGAGUUAGCUUCUGGACAAUUGCAAUGAUGGGUAUAGUCGAUGGUUAUAUGGCACUUGCCUUUUUAGGAGCAACUGUACUUGUCGAUUCAUGCUAUCUAGCCCUGUCCCCGAUGACUUUCUUCUCCUUUCUUCUCGGGUCCAUCUUCGGAAUGCGCUUCUUGAUGAUUAUCCGUCGAAUUCAACGCCCCGAACAUCGCCCAGCACAGUCUACACCACCAGCAGCCACUCCAGCGGUAGAUCCACCAGAAGGUUCUCUCCCAUUACCCGCCAGUGCAAUGCCACAGGCACCGAUAAUAUUGCCACCCAAUCAAGAUUUGAACGAUAACGGUGACGAUGGUCGACAGGACAUCGGCACGCUGUACCCCCGCUUCCUGUUCGUUCUUCUUGGCUCCUUCUUCAUCUCCUUGCAUGCAGCCAGCUGGCCACCACUCUUCCGAGGGCUAUUCGUCAAUACAGUCGUCCUACUUGCAAAUAGCUAUUGGGUGCCGCAAAUAUACAGAAAUGUAAUCCGUGGGUGCCGGAAGGCAUUCACAUGGGAAUUCGUGAUCGGAAUGAGUAUUUGCAGAGUCACUCCAAGCCUAUAUCUCUACUGUUGGAAGGGAAACAUAUUUUUCCUCGAGCCAAGUUAUAAAUCAGCAGCCGUGGCCCUUGGCUGGGUCUGGUUUCAGGUAUUCUUGCUCCUGAGCCAACAAUUGUUUGGCCCAAGGGUCCUGGUCCCAUCCAAUCUCCUCCCCCCUGCCUACGACUACCACCCAAUCCUUCCUAUCGACGAUCUAGAAGCCGCCGAACCACAACUUCCCUCCUUUCCUCCAACGGACGUGACCGCGCUCCUCCCCAACACCCGCUUGUUCGACUGCGCAAUCUGUAUGCAGUCCGUUGAGGUCCCGACAAUAUCCAAUGAUCGCGAUGCAGGCAGUGGGCCCAGUAGCGUCGGUUUAUUGGGAAGGAGAAGCUAUAUGGUUACCCCUUGCCGUCAUGUAUUCCAUUCAAAUUGCCUUGAAGGGUGGAUGCGGUUUAGAUUGCAGUGUCCUAAUUGCAGAAACCCUCUACCGCCAUUGUAGACAUCGCUCGUUUGUUAUGUACAGGCUUAUUGCGUGUUAGUUGUUUAGUAAAUAUUGGAGUUCGGGAGGUUUGAUGGGAAACGCAUUAGAGACAAACAUGUACUAUUAGAUAUCCUCGCUUGAAGUAGUAGAAGGGGAGGUUUCGUUUUGGUGAUGCCUUGGCUUCUCCUGAUCUCUGGGUGUUUUGAUAAACCUCGGAUAGAAUUAGAAAGACUAUACACUACUACCUUGUGAUGAGACCUAACACAACUCUAAGUUCUAAUUCAAAAAAAUUAGCU